UCGGCCUGCCUGCUGCCGCCGCCGCCGCCUCGGGCAAGCCAAGCGGCGUCCAGCAGCGCUUGGCUCCUUUAAGGGCUGGGCAGGCGAAACGCGAUCCCCGCAGUCAGCGCGGGCUUCGGCUGCAGGAGCCGCCGUUAACAGCCCGGCUCGCCAUAGAAGCGAAGCCCACGCGUGGGCGGCCGGGCUUGGCGUCGUCGGGAUUCUCCCGGCUACAGGGAGAUCGCCGGCAAGGAUGGGCGGGGAAGCCGGGCGAUCGCGCCUCUGAGCCCGCAGGCAGAAGAAAGAUGACCAUCUUUAAUAAACUCAAUCUGGGCAUCGCUGUGAGCAGUUUUGCUAUAUUUCAACUUAGCUUUCAUGUGCUGAGUUCUUGGCUAUCUUCACGCCUAACAUCUGGUUUUAAUAAUCUUGACCAAAAGAAGAAAAUUGAAUGGAACACAAGGACAGUAUCUACGGUCCAUGCCUUGGUGGUUGGAAUAUUUUGUAUGUAUAUUUUAUUGUAUGAUGAAGCUGUUAAUGCUGACCGUGUUUGGGGCGAUCCUUCUACAGUGCAACUAAAUCUUGAUAUCUCUGUAGGCUACCUCAUUUCAGAUUUGUUGCUUAUUAUUUUUCACUGGAAGGCAAUUGGAGACAUAUAUUUUGUAAUUCACCAUGUACUAGCUGUAUAUGCAUAUUACUUUGUACUGGAUAGAGGAAUAUUGGCAUAUUUUGCUAAUUUUCGUCUGCUUGCAGAAUUGUCUACCCCUUUUGUGAAUCAGCGGUGGUUCUUUGAAGCAUUGGGGUAUUCUAAAGCUUCAAAAGCCAACAUCAUCAAUGGACUGCUAAUGACCAUCAUGUUCUUCCUAGGGAGGAUCAUAGUCAUUCCAAUUUAUUACAACAAUGUGGCUUCUGAGUUUGGGACAGAAGCCUACUACAAAUUAGGAUUUGUAGCUCAAAGCUCCUGGUUUGUCACCAGUAUCAUGCUGGAUAUUAUAAACUUAAUGUGGAUGGUCAAAAUUACACGAGGAUGUUACAAGGUUAUUCGUCUCAUUGGACAAGGAGAAGCCAAAGCUGAUAAAAAUGGCAAAUCGGACAAGGCGAAGAAGAACAUUUGAUAGCAGCUUGGGGUACGUUAAAAGAACAAUGCACACUUUCGCCAUAAAAAGUCCCUCUUAAGGAAAUAUAAAGUUACCUUUCUUAAAUUUAGCAUUUCCGAUAACACACUGCCUGGCUCUCCAAAACUUUUUUCAUCUGAAGACUUGGAUUGUGUGGUGUCAGAAACAGCCACAACACGCUGCAUAUUGUUGACUUUGGCAGGGUGUCCCAAGCAUUGAGCAGUUAGCUGAAUCCCUGAACGAUCGACCUCUUUUAGCACUAUAUUCCUGUGAAUUUUCACUCAGGUUUCUUAAAACGAUACGUUUUUAAUGCUUGUGAAUGUCGGGUUGUUUACGUUCCGCUAAUAUGGCAACAUUUGUGGCAUGUUUCUCGGCUUUCCUAAUAUUUGGUGUUCAUAUCUUAUCUGCUUUGCAAAUUACUCAUUCCGGGUCUAUAUAUUUUAAUGCUUUUUCUACUGCCUUACAUGCAUGAACAGGAUCGACUAGUUUUACAUACAAAUACGAAUUUGAGCUUGAAGAUCUUUUUUUUCUUAAAUGGGUUAUUUUUAUGGCUUCUGACUGUAUAUAAAAAUAGUAUAGAUGUUUUGAACUUUUUAAAUAGCCAAAUUUCAGCAUCUUUGCAUGGCCUAACAGUGGGGAGAUUUUUAAAAAUACGCCAGUAUUCCUCUUUCCCUGACACAAGUAUUGGGACUUUGAUCUGUUUUCAGCAUUUCAUCAUGUAACAGGCAAAUUUAAUGUGAUAAACGGUUCCACCACAAAACCGCGCUCGACGAAACCGCGUACCUGACGUCAUCACA